UACGGUGUUUAAGCAAAAGUUAACUUGCUUUAAACUUGUUUAGCUUUUUUGUCUAGUUUCAAUUAAAACUUUACACUUAAUAUGUUAAAUAAUAGUAUGUAGUAUGAGUUGCUAUGCUAUUGAGUGAUUAUUUAAAGAGAGACCAGUCGCGUUGCGCUCGCAAUGCCAGGUGCAAAAUAUGAACAGCUGUCGUUAAAGUCUGAUGCCGACGAAGACGUCUUUACCAGUAAACCAAAAGGAAAAUGGUCUGAUAUAUGUUUUCAAAAAAGCCUACUGUCGUUAGGAUUAAUAUUGCUUUAUUUUUCUUUAUCCAUUGGGCUUACUUUCUAUCAGAGAUGGCUGUUAAAGGAAUUUCACUUCCCCCUUACAGUGGUUAUGUACCAUUUGGUGGUCAAAUGGAUACUAUCAGUUCUAGUGCGUUUGAUCCUGUAUUUAAUUACUGGAACACCACAGCUGAUGUUGUCAUUUAUCACAUGCCUGAGGUCAGUGGGCCCUACCGGGCUUGCUAGUGGUAUAGAUGUUGGAUUUUCCAACUGGGGCUUGGAACUUGUAACAAUUUCGCUCUACACUAUGACUAAAUCAACAACCAUUAUAUUCAUUCUUGGAUUUGCUAUUCUCUUAGGACUCGAAAAAAAGUCAUGGUCGUUGGUUGGCAUUGUGUUCAUGAUAUCAGUUGGUCUGAUAAUGUUCACAUACAAGGCUACGCAGUUUAAUCUUCUCGGAUUUAACUUCUUGCUCCUCGCGUCGUUCGCGGCUGGUCUUCGUUGGACCUUCGCUCAGCUGCUAAUGCAGAAAUCUAAACUAGGGCUCCACAAUCCUGUGGAUAUGGUGUUUCACGUGCAACCCUGGAUGUUCUUAUCGCUGCUCCCUUUCACUAUAAUGUUUGAAGGUUUUAAAUGUAUCGACGAAUUGAUCAAACUCUCCCCUGAAGCAUUAAUGCCUACGAUACUUAAAGUGUCUGUGGGGGCGACGAUAGCUUUCGCUAUGGAAAUUAGUGAAUUUCUUGUCGUUACUUACACUUCUAGUCUCACGUUGUCUAUCGCGGGUAUAUUUAAGGAAAUGUGCAUUCUAGUCUUGGCCGUAGAAGUGAGUGGGGAUCAGCUGAGCUUCAUAAAUGUGAUCGGCCUGGCUGUGUGUCUGCUCGGUAUAAUCGGCCACAUCGUCCACAAGGUACUCGUUAUAAAGUCUGUAGUUGGAACUGUCCACGCUAUCGACUUCGAGGAUAUGGGCAGAGCUAGAAAGGCAAAGUCGAAGGAGGAGCACCACGAACCCCUACUGGACGAAAAUAAAUGGCAGAACCUGGCUAGCGAGGAGAGCGACUUCGAUUCCAACGUCGUUCUCUUCGAAGUUUUGCAAAGGAGGGACGGAAAAUGAAAUAUAUUCAUGAAGUAUCGCGUGUGUAAAGGACGGAUUGUUACUCCAAUAAGUACCGUUUCAAUUGAGGCGAGCGAGCUCUAUUAUAUAAUAAGUAUUUUUAUACAAUUCAUAGUAUUUUUAUACAAAUGAUAAUAUUUUAGCAGAGUCCUUGACGAAAAAGUCACAAUAGUUAAAUAUUAACCAUGGUUCACGUGUGAUUCGUACGACAGGGAUAUCGUUAAUAUAAGUUUUCUUAUUUUCUUUUAUUUAAAUACGCGAAAGUUAUUAAAGAUAAUUAAAAUUAUACAAUAUUUAUUUGCUAAAAAAUAUAUCUAUCUGCGUAGAGUUCGCUCGUUUGAUAUAUUUUUAAAAUCGCCACAGCUAAUUCUUUGUCACUGCAAAAAUAUAUGUUAAAAGUAACAUUUUGAAAGAAACAUUAUAAAAAUGCAUUUAAUAGCAAGUGUUCUAUUUUAUAACAGUUUAUAAAAGUUAGCAUAGAUAAAAUUUCUUUUUAUGUUAUUGAAUUAUUUUUCGUACCUUAGAUUAUUUACUUUUGUUGUGUGAUUACUGAUUAUAAAAAAAACUAACAUUCCAAAUUUAAAAGUUACGUCAUGUCUUUAUUUAUCUCAACAACUUGGUUCAGUGUUAUAUCUACAAAAUAUAUUUCUGUUAUUGAAGGUAGAUUAAAAAUGUUAUUGUUGUAAAAGAUCUAAUUUAUAUAAAAAAAUGUUCACAUAGACAGCCUGCAAUACACAUAUGAAAAUGUACAAAAAUAUUAAUAAAAAAAAUAUAUAUAUAUAUUAUGAUAUAUUUAAAAAAAAAACGAGAUUCAGCAAUUUAGAUUUUGCACAUUUCAUAAUUAUGACGUUAAUGAAAAAAUAUUUUAUCUGUUAAAAUAAAAAUCGACACUGACAAUUAAUUAUAAAUAAUUGUAAGUAUAUGACAAGAUGCACAAACUAUCGGACCAAUGGUAAUAUUUAAAUUAGGCAACUCGUUUUGAUAUUUAAUCGCAAGUUUGAUACGUAAAGUCAUUUGUAUAAAAUUUAAAACAAAAUAACUUUCAUGUAAUAUAUACUAUUUGUAAUGAAAUAAGAAACGGACAUGUGUAAUAUAAAAAAUUAUGAAACAAUUUUCAAUAUUUCAAAACUUCGAUACUAAUGUAGUAUACACUUUCAUUUUUAAUCCUAUAGUAUUGUAAAGGUGUGAUUCCAAGGAGGUAAUUCGCAAAUUUUGCAUUAACUUACAAUUCCUUGCAAGUGGUCGCAUCUAAUUAAGCGUGUACACGGCACAUACAAUGCGCGUUAAUAUAAAAGGAAUUUAAAGGAAUAACAAAAUCCAAAAUUUGAUAAUUUUCCUUCUGUGGACACUCGGCUUAAUGAUUAUCAUAAUUAUAAUAAUUACAACGUUCCUUAUUCAUAAUCCUAUUCUUAAUCCCUAAGACAAUGUCUUCCCAUUAUGUGAAAUUCCAACAUUCCUGCUAUUUCUAACUAGUCUUAAAUGCCCUACUGAUGGAAUUAAAAAAUGAUUUUUAUUAAAACGCUACUCUUCCAUAUAACUUUAAAGGAUUUACCUUCUAUUAUAUCUAAUAUUAAAUACGUGUUUUUGUAUCCCAAUUAUCUUAUCCAUUAUAUUCUACGCGUAUUAUAAGUAUAUUCCUGCUUUUUUAUUAGGCUAGUUAAUGUCUGUCAAUAUAUUAUAACAAUUUUCUUGUAUGAUUAAUAUUUUUUUGUUUGGGUUGUGAUUUAUCAUGUUAUUAUAAAACAUUAUUUUUACGAUCGAGUGUAAAACGCGUAACGAUAGGAUAAAUUUCAAUUUCUUCGCCUUACAACAAAUAAAAAAAAAACGUUUAAUUAUUUCGUACCAUGUUCUAUGGUUCCGUACCAAAUGACUAUUAUUAUUACGUGUAGAUUAUGUAAAUCUGUAAGUUUGACGGUUUUUCCCUGGACGAUAUUUCAAUUAUUAAAUAUGCAAUUAAACAAAGUUAGGUAGUCAAUGAGGCUACUUUUUUACAUUAUUAAAGUAGAUCGAUCACUUAUACUUCAUAUAUAAUUAAAAGUAAGCACAUACAAACUUGCAAUUAAACAAAGGCAAUAUCGCGUCAACAAGGUUAGGAGGGUUAAUGAGGCUACUUUUUUACAUUUUUGUAGUGGAUCGACCACUUAAAAUUCAUAUAUACAUAAACGUACGUACAUACUUACUUGCAAUUAAACAAAAGUGAAAAGAAUUCGUGUCAUUUCAAUUAUUAAAUUAGCAAUGGAACAAAGUUAGGGUCAAUGAGGCUACUUUUUUACAUUAAUUUAUUGUUAGAUCAAUCACAAUACAUAUGCAUGUAAAUGUAAGUAUAUGUAUGAAUCAACACUCUUAUAUAUAUUUUUUCAUUUUUCAUCUAUUACUCUUGUAUCUAGAUAUAUAAUAAAAUAUUAUGCAUUUAUUAAGUGUAACAUACUACUACCAUUUAUAUGACUUUUGAUAAAUAAAAGUAUUUUUAUAUAGUAUUUAUUUAUGACAGGAAAGCAAUACCAAAUUUUAUUUAAGUAAUUUAAUAACAUUGGGUACGGAACAUCGUCACUUAUCACUCGCUUUUGUUGUAUAUUUUUAAUCUGUCAUACAAUACUAGUUUAAGGCUUCUACUAUAUCUUAUCUGACUUCCACUUUUUCUUCAUCGUAGUUGUAGAACUAGUUUAAAGGUAGCUUUAACAACUUCACUGACCGUAUAGAAAAUACAAUAAUCAAACAUAAGCACGAGUCAAAUGUGACUCGAGGGACGGAGAAGUUGUUAAUAUGUUAAUUGCUCAACGAUUUGUAUUGAUCUCCCAUAUCUUGUCGAACGCCAUUUUGUAUCUACAUUCUGUUUUCAAACCAAUGCGUACAAAACGUAAUACAACGAUUUUAAUGACGAACACUUAUUCUCAAAAUUUAUUAUUUCAUACGGAAUUUGUUAUAAAUGUAAUUUAUGUAUUUAUUUGAAUACGCUGUAUGUUUUUUUUAUUAUUAAAUAAUUAGUCAGAUUAUUAAUAUUAAAUGUUCCGGUUUUAUUUAUGUUAUUUUUCAAAAAAUAAUAUGAUCGGACUACGGUUCCUAUCAUUAAAAAUAUAUAUUUUUCGUGGUGAGAUAUCCGUUUUACGUGUAGUGCAUUGAAUUGAAAUGAGAAUCACACGCCGAGACAUGAUUUCGAAGACAAAUUAAGCAGAUUAGUAUUUUCUGACUAAUUUAUAUGAUAUAAAUAUUUUUGUAAAAUGACCUACUGUGAAUAGACAUGAUUAAAAGCAAUAAUUGAAAAAAUAUAUACAUACAUAUAUAAAUCGAUAGUAAUAUUUUAGCGUUUUACAAACAUUGUUAGAUAUAAGUGUAUAUUAUAUAUAAUUAUAUUUUACUACGUCGAAACAUACUUUAGUUAAAAAAUGUUUAAAAAAACUUUAAAAGACACAUAGAUCACGAUGACAUUUCAAUAAUUGGUAUAGUUGAUUGCCUUAUAUUGUAAUAUAGAGGAUUCUGUAAUUGUAAUUUUUGUAAUGAGAAUUUUUGUUACUACAUAACAUUAAAGAGAUUUUAAGGUGUUACGUCUUCAAGCUAUUUAAAUUUUAAUAUAGAAAUUGUCUAAGUAUAUGUAACAUUUUAUUAUAAAGCUAUAUGAGUUGUUAAAACAUAUCUAUGAAGCAGGAUUUGAGUUUUUACUUAUUAAUAUUUGCAAGUAUUAUAUACGGUAUGCAAACUAACGAAAGCCAUUCUCGUCAACUCACGCUAUAACAACACUUGUUAUGAAAAAAUGAAUACAAUACAUAUAUAAUAAAUACCAUAGACUAAUAUGAUAAAAUUCGAUAAAUAUUAUUCAAUUUACGCGACAAAUUUUUUAAUUUUCAAAAUGAAUAAUUCGAUUUUAUAACAUCACUGUACAGUGCAUAUUUUAUUUAAAUACAACAUUAACCAGUCUUAUACUAUUAUAUAUUCUUAUAAAGUUAUGUCUUAUUUCGUAUGUCAUAUGUCAAUAAAGCGCGAAAUCAAUGUUCAACUAAACCGCCGCUAAGCCACCUUUAUAAGUGAUACCGUUAGUGCGCAGUUAAUAAAUCGUAUUUGAUAUUGAAAAUAGUAACUUUUAAUAACGACAAUAAUCUAUUUUUGUUGUACCUUCUUAUAGGAAGACUUAGUUGGAUACAUACAGCUUGCAUUGGAAACUAUUCUCUAUUUCACCAUAACUCAAAAACUCUUUCGCGCGUCUAUGGUAUAAGAAUGCUUUUGGACAAGCUAGGGCGGGGAUUGGCAUUAUUAUUUUAUUUAUAAAUUCAAUCUAAUUUCAAUUUGUUUAAUAUUACAAUUAUUUACAUCAGUUGACAUUUCGUCAAUGUUGUGUAUUAACGUUAGUUUACAUACCGUAUUAUUUAUUUUGUAUUGUAAUAAAAACAUCUGUAAGACAGUUUUACAUAAGUACGUAUAUCAAUAUUAUGUUACCGCAUGUAUACUUAAGUAAUUUCCAUUUGUCAAAUUUUGUUGACGACCUUAUAUAGUGUUUAUAUUAUUUCAGAAUUUUGUUGUUAUUAAAGUGUCUUGUAUUGAUUCGUAGGCUUAUUCAAAUGUAUUGUGUUAUUUGUGCUUAACCAACGAAAUUAUUACACGAUUUGUUAUGUUGUGUUGUAUUAAAAGCCAGCCUCUGACUGCCAGAAUUAUAUUA